AUUUUUUUAUUCCAGUAUCCCACUGUUAUCCACAUAGUAUAAAUAAUAUUAAUGCAUCCUAUCUACUGAUCUAUCAUGGGUUGCCUCGAGAGUUGUUUAAAGAAAAAUGAGGAGGAAGCGGAUGAGCGAACAUCGUUGCUAGGAAAUGGGAAUAGUACAAUUGCGAACACAGCCCCAAUCAAUACACAAGUCAUCGCAGAGGAGCAUACACCUAUUGGAAGCGUAUCACGAAGCCAGCAGGACGAACAGACGUUACUUAACGGGAUUCUAACAAAAUAUUCAUCGGACGUUAUUGACGUAACAGCGAUAGAUUCGAGGAUAGACGCUGUGGAAUAUAUGAACAGAGUGACGCUGUAUAAUAGAAAAUUAACAGCUCUUGGCGGGAGAUUGGAGGUGAGAAAGCCGUCGUUACGGUCCGCUUGCAACAAUCCUGCGACGUUACUCGGCGGUCCGAUGCCUUCAUUUGAUGACAUCAUGCUUAUUAAUGAAAUCAGCGAGAGUUUGGCUGUUGCCGCGGGAGACAUACGUGUCAUAAGGAAACAAGACUUAACAAUUGAUCUUGCCCAGCGAUGAGAAAUCAAAAACUACGACUGUAAAAAUAUGUUUUUUCAUAAAUAUUUCCGUAUUUUUCAUCAAACAAAGCUCCUGGUGAGAAGCUGAUAACUAAGGAACACCGUUUUUGAAUAUUCAACAUUUUACUCCAAAUCAGGCCCUGUGCAAACAGCCACUGAGAGCCAGAAGUCCCCCAACUUUUGUGUUUGACGUUUCACUUUAAACAAGGCACUGGGCAAGGAGCAUUUUGACUUGGACUCAAGCUCAAAUAUCUGAGAAAAGGUUGAAGCCAGGGGCGAGGGGUGGGGUUAUGACGUGAAAUGUU